AGUUACAAAUACGUAUUUUUUUUUGUAAAUACAUAUUUUUAGUAUACAUUGUUUAUCUAGCUAUGAAUUCACUGCGCUCCCUGAUUGUACAUCGAUUUGAAUUUUUGAUUUUCUUUUAAGAGUUGGUUUCUUUAUUCCCUAUAUUUCCAUAAUUAAUUAUUUGAAUUAUGCAUAAACUCCUAUCCUAUAGGUUACAUUCCACACAAACUUGGCUUAAGCUAUGGGAAACAGAAGUGUUAUCUGAAUUUGAAUGUUUUUAUGAGGGUAUUUUGAAUCGUCCUUGACAUAGCCUGUUUGAUGUUAACUGCAAAACAAUUAUAUUCAACUCUGAUGCUUACUAUAAAACUUUAUAUCUUUGUUGUUAAAAAUUAGUAAUGCAUAUUAGAGAACCGUGAAAAUAUUCCACACGUACCAAUCUAGUUUUGGUGAUAAGAACACCAUCAGUUGUUAUGAUAAUAAUUAUCUAGAUUUGAAUAUUGACAAAGAAAUCAAUUAGUCAUAAGAAUUUAUUUGGCUUUAAAAUGUGCCUUUGACAUAAUUCUAUCUUUGUUUCAAAUACUUACUGUGCCGGAAUCUUGCAAUUUCUUGUUGUAACAGUGUAACAGAUUUUUUCCAACUAAUUAAUUGAAAAGAUUUUUUUUAUUUAUUUGAUGAUGCACACAACUGUGACCAUGGUGCGCCCAAAGUUGAUGAGAAUACUUGCCUUCGUCGAUAGGAAGAACAGCACCAGCCAUCAUCAUGACCUUCUCGAACUUGUCCACCAGCGGCGAUAGUGCCUCUCCGCCUUUGCGAAGGAGCGGCGCUGGUAAGCAUCAGCAGCGCGUGUGUCUGAGCGCCGUUUGGGCGGAGCCUCAGACCAACAGGAGAGAAAGAAGGAGGGCCAUCUAUUCCUGGUCGUUCGGCUACGGUACCCUGACCGAACUGGGCGAGAUCGUCGGAUCGAAGCAGGAAUAUAUUUGUAAAAAAGGUAAAGUGGCUGAUAACACUCAAACCUUGGAACAGCGGGGACGCCGUCUAGUGACAUCAAUACCGUUGCCACAUGUCUCUCCCUCGUCGCCCCCCAGGUCCUGCAGCAAGGUCGAUUUUAAGGCUAUGCCGGGUAUUAAAUCUUUUGUCGGCGCGGCGGCCAAGGACAGGAGCCCCGCCGAGAUCGAGACCUCGCUACCUUUGGUGAAACGAGACGAGCACCCGAGGGGCGAGAUCAUAAAGCAGUGCAGGAGCCUGGCCAACCUGCGAAGAUGCGACACGUUGCUGGCGUUGACGGGCGUGUUGAAGUCGUCGUCUUCGACGAGCAGCGUCGAGCCGCUGCACCCGGUGAACAGACUGAGACCGCCCUCCGUGGGCGGGUCGAAUUGUCGCCUGUGCUCCAGGUGCUCGAGCCUGCUCACCCUGGCCUCGUCCUCGAAGUACUCCCUUAACUCCUGUGCCGGUUUCGUGCCGGUCAAGGACGAGCCUAAUCUGUUGUGUAAAUUGUGUCUAGCCGAGGUGCCUUCCAAGGAUGUUUAUAUGAUCAAACAGUGCAAUUGCUCUUUUUGCUUAGAGUGUAUGACAGCGUAUGUUAAAUAUGAGAUAGCGGAGGGAGCCUAUGACAUAUCGUGCCCUGAUGCACGAUGCCCAGAGCAGGGAAUCCUGCAACAAGAUGAGAUCAAAAGACUUGUAGGAGAGGAACAGUUCGAGAAACAUAAAAAAUAUAGGUUGAACAGAGAAAUAGAGGUAGAUCAGAGUCGCACUUGGUGUCCCAGAGCCGGCUGUGAAACAGUCUGUACCCUGUGUCCGUCUCAGCCGUGUUUACCCCAAAGCGUGCUUUGUCCCACUUGCACGAACAAUUUUUGCAGCAAUUGCAAACUGGAAUGGCACGAGGGCAUAACCUGCGAUCAGUACAGCAAACAGCUGGCGAGAGAGGGUAAGGCGGAAGAGCCCGGAAUCCCUUUCGAUUCUGAUCUCAUCAAGUGCUGUCCCAUGUGCAACGUUCCUAUCGAAAAAGACGAAGGCUGUGCCCAGAUGAUGUGCAAGAGGUGUAAGCAUGUGUUCUGUUGGUAUUGCUUAGCGAGCCUCGACGACGACUUUCUUCUACGACAUUAUGACAAAGGUCCUUGUAAAAACAAACUGGGACACUCCAGAGCCUCGGUUAUGUGGCACAGGACUCAGGUGAUAGGAAUAUUUGCUGGUUUUGGAAUUUUGCUACUUGUGGCCUCACCCUUAUUACUUCUAGCCGCUCCCUGCAUAAUAUGUUGCAAGUGUCGAAUAUGCAACGCAGGAAAUACUAAAAUGGAUAACGAGGAAUCCUCAUCCUCGGAAAGACUUUGAGUGUAAUUGAAACUUAUGAAUAUAUUGUUGAAAUUUAUUGAUAUGAAUAAAAUUAUUUUGUUAGAUGAAGUCAAGGUUAACAAAUAUGUUGAUGAGAAAUUAUUACGAUAUUUAUUAUUGGAUUACCUGUUUCGUGUUUGAAUUAUGUAUAUAUUAACUAUGGGACUGCAAUUCAAAUGUCUUUUUAUCAAGCACUAUGUUAAAUUAUAACACUUAUAUGAAUCAAAUAAUAAAAACACUUUUCGAAGUGUAUACUUGUUCCAA